GCAUUUUGUCCUUUCUACAGAUUCUGGUGACCCGUGAGAAGGAGCAAUCUUGAAUCCACAAGACAUGGCAUCCUCCGUCGUGAAGCGAGCUACUUGCUCCGCCGUGGCUGUUCUUCGAUCCGGAGCGUCACUGAGGUCUUACGCUAGAGUUGCAUCUGGCACUGACAUAAUCGCUGCCGCACCUAAUGUUUCUCUCCAGAAAGCUCGCUCCUGGGAUGAUGGGGUCUCAUCUAAGUUCUCCACCACUCCUCUCAAAGAUAUCUUCAAGGACAAGAAAGUGGUCAUCUUCGGCCUUCCUGGUGCAUACACAGGAGUUUGCUCAAACAAACAUGUUCCUGCUUACAAAGACAAUAUUGAAAAGUUUAAGGCUAAAGGCAUUGAUUCUGUUGUUUGUGUGUCUAUCAAUGAUCCGUAUGUUAUGAAUGCGUGGGCGGAGAAACUUCAAGCCCAAGAUGCUAUUGAAUUUUAUGGGGACUUCGAUGGGAGCUUCCAUAAAAGCUUGGAUUUAGUAACAGAUCUCUCGGGUGCUCUGCUCGGAACUCGAUCUCAAAGAUGGUCAGCUUAUGUGGUAGAUGGGAAAGUUAAGGCUCUUAACGUUGAAGAAGCUCCAUCUGAUGUCAAGGUUUCUGGUGCAGAUACCAUUCUGGAACAGAUUUGAAGUUUCUAUGCUUUGUAUGCAUAUAAGAUUGUAAUAAUAUGUUCUUUUGUUUUCCCCCCCAUCCCCAUAAGAUGUAACCCUCCCAUAAGAUGUGUAUCUGAUGCUUCCGGCAGAGGGGCAAUGCUGUAAGUUGCGUCUCUGAUGCUUCCUUUGUUUAUCGGUAACAAAAGCGGCUAAUGGCAAAUAAGUUUCUUGCAUGAAGCAUGUCUGUUUGACGUGUAAUGAUCUCUCUUAGCCGUUUCUUGGGGGGUCAUUUACGAGCUCUAAUCUAUUAUCAGACUCUUCUUUUAGCUUUCA